AUGGAGCCAAGGGGAUUCCAGGACUACUAUGCUACCCUAGGACUGCAGCUCGGUGCCUCAGCCGAGGCGAUCAGAUCUGCCUUUCAUGCCUUGGCUAUCAAGCAUCAUUCCGACGGGUCUGGAAUUGGCGAUUCAACUCUCUUUCGUGCUUCACGCGAAGCCUAUAACAGACUAACUGAUACUGAGUUCCGCAAGGAGUAUGAUAGGACCUACUGGCGUAAGAAGCUCCAGAUUGACCCUCCCGCUCCGGGUGCUGACGAACAACCUUUUGGUAACACUCGUACCUAUCAGUAUGAAGCUGAAAUGCGAGAGAGAGCUCGUAGAGCCAGUCCUCCGCCGAAGAAGCCCUACAAGAAGCCUGGUGAUCCUGGAUGGAAGUACCUGAAUAGCGCCGCGUACCAGAAAUGGCAACAGGUGUCAGCCGAGUACUAUGCCCGGCAUCCCGAGUGCGACCCUCCGUAA